AUGGCCUCGCUCCGCGCGGAGCGCGCCUCCGGUGGCCCGCUCUUCCUUGGGACCCGUGCUGGGCGGCCAGCUGCGCUCCGCCUCCUCCUCCUGCUGGGCGCUGUCCUGAAACCCCAGCAGUCCCUGGCACAGCCUCUAACCACCCCAGGCAGCUUCAAGUCAGAAGGGAAGAUGGUGCAGAAGUAUGAGGAAAAUGUCCAAUCUUGCUGGCUAAACUAUGAGAAGCUUAUGGAUCCUCUUGAAAAGGAUUGGUGUGACUGGAUCAUGAUUCGCAGGCCUUAUAGCAUCCUUCAAGAUUGCUUGGAGCACUUUGCUGAGGAUUGUGGCUUGGAGUUCCCUAAUCCCUGGGCAGAAAGGGUCAUCUUCAAGACUCACCAGAUGCACUUUGCCAACUGCUCCCUGCUUCAGUCCACCUUCUACGAUCCCCCCGAGGAUGUGCUCCUGGCCAUGAUCAUAGCUCCCAUCUGCCUAAUCCCCUUCCUUGUCACCCUUGUGGUGUGGCGGAGUAAAGGCAGUGAGGCCCAGUCCUAG